AUUGUUGAAUAGAAGUUGGCAGCACUUUUCUUUUCUCAUGUGUUUUUCUCACUUUACUAUUACGUAUGGCAUGGCGAAAUUAGAUGAUAUUUUCGAAGUUUGAAACUGAAUGAAAUGGAACUUGCUUCGUAUUCAUAUGAAGAAUAUGUUUCUUUAAAUUCUUUUACAUUAAAAUCGAAAAUAGAAUGUGUUAGCAAAGAACUCGAAAAUAAACUUUUUUGGGAAGACAUCACUUUAUUUGAACUAAUUAUGUCCAGGAUCUCACAAAGAUUACCCAAAGAUAGAUGUUUGAAUAGAUUAUUAAAGCUCAAGAGAUUUUUGAAAAGAUUAAAAGUAGAAAAUCUUUUUCAAUGGUGCAGCAAAAUGUCAGAAGCACUCACACUCCUUCUGCAAAAAUUUCAAAUAGGACAUGUGCUGGAAUAUUUAAUUUUAUUACUUGGAACAAUAUCAAGAAUUUACACUUUAUGCAAAAUUAGAUGUCUUUAUUUGUGUUCAUGGUAUAAAGAAUUCUUUUGCUGGAUGGAAAAAUUUAAAUGUGGAUCUGAUUCACAGAUAAUAUUUAAAUUACCAAAGUGUCUCAGUGAAUGGAUCCAGAAGGAAACAAAUAUUUUUCUAACUUUAAAUAGUGAAAAUGAAUUAAAUGAUGAUGACUCAUUUGUGAAAAGUGAUCAUGUUCCUUAUAUGAUGGUUGAAGAUGUUGGAGAAGUAAUUGGAAGAGAUGGAAGGACAGAAAUAGUUACCAAAAAAAAGAAGAAAAAGAAAAAAUCUUGUCAAAAUGUAGACGUGGAACAAUUGAAAGAAGUUUUUAACAGAAUAUUUACUUUGGAAUGCCUGAAUGCAAUGUAUAGAAAUAUUCAGGAUACUGGAUAUUUAUCAAAAUAUAAGAUACCUCAUCCUACCAGAUCCAAAAAAGAAAAACUAAAUAUUCAACUAGAAGAGACAAGAAAAAAUAUAAAUUUAAUGAAAGACAAGGGGGUUUCAAAAAAAAUUCAGAAGAAUUUAAUACAUAAAACUGCAAUGAAGAUAUUUAGUAUAAUUGCUGGCAAUAAAGCAAAAAAAUGUAAGAAAAAGAAAAAUUCUCUUCACCCUAAAACUAAGAAAAACGUUAAUAAAAAUAAUACAUAAUUUA